GCAUGCCGAAGACUGAACGAACUACGGACGAUUCUAAUGUUCUUAUGUCGCACUAUAAAAGCAUAGUACGUAGUUGACAACUGCAUUCAGUGCUGCAUUGGUGGAGUUUAAAACAAGUUGUCUACAGGGAUUGCAUAUUUUUUCUCCUAGGGAGCGAUGAAAUUUGUUAUUUUGUUAGCGAUCUUGGGCUGUGCCUAUGUCCAGUCGCAGGAUGCGCGAUUCAAUGACGGGAAAUAUUAUCCGGAGCUAUACAUAGGCAAAUUCAACGAUGGAAAGUAUCGACCGGAUUACAGUGGAGCUUAUCGGGCCGAUGAUUUAGGAAGAUACGGCGGCAAAUACGUUGGUUUAGGUGGCCAAGCAGUACGUGGUGGUGGUAUCGGAGAACGCGGUAGUGCUGCAUUCGGUGCCGGAGUAGGUAGUGGAUUUGGUGUUGGAGCCGGCGGUGGAUCCGGAAGCGGUGCUGGAUUCGUAUCAGGAUCGGGAUCAGGAUUUAGAAGCGGAUCAAGCGUAGGACGAGUAUCAGAAUUAUCAUCUGUAAGUGACGCAGCAUCGCAUUUCGGUUCAGAUGCAUCAUUUGUUAGUGGUUCAGACGCAGCUUCGCAAAUUGGUUCAGAAUCAGCUUUCGCUAGUGGUUCAGACGCAGCUUCCAAACUCGCUUCAGGAUCCGUGAACGCAUUUGGAGUAGGAGUUGGAUCAGCAGUUGGCGGUGGAUUUUCCUCAGCUACUAGAACCUCGCAAUUCGGUUCAGGAUUGUCCAUUACUAGGGGCUUGGGCGCAGCAUCCAAACUCGCUUUAGGAUCCGUAAACGCAUUUGAAGUAGGAGCAGGAUCAGGAAUUGGCGGAGAAUUUUCCUCAGUUACUAGAACCUCGCAAUCCGGUUCAAAAUCUGCAUUUACCGGUGGUGGAGGAUUUUCCUCUGCUACUAGAACCUCGCAAUUUGGUUCAGGAUCGUCAGUUACCAGGGGUUCAGGCGCAGCAUCGAAAUUCAGUUCAGGAUCGGCAGAUGUACUUGGUGUAGGAGCAGGAUCAGGAGUAGGUGGAGGAUUUCCUUCGGCUAGUAAAACCUCUAAAUUCAGCUCAGGAUCGACAUUCACUGGUGGUGUAGAAGCAGCAUCGAAACUCGCUUCGGGAUCGGCAAACGGAGUAGGAUCGGGAAAAGGUGGAGGAUUUACCUCAGCUACUAAGAUCCCGCAAUUCGGUUCAGGAUCGGGAUUGGUUAGUGGUUCAGGCGCAGCAUCGCAAUUCGCUUCUGAAUCGGCUAAUGCAGGAGUACGAUCAGGAAUUGGCGAAGGAUUCUCUGCAGCUACUAGAACCUCAAAAUUCGGUUCAAAAUCUGGAUUUGCUAGUGGUUCAGGCGCAGCAUCGCACUUCGGUUCAGGAUCGGCAUUUGCUAGUGGUUCCGGGGCAGCAUCCAAAUUCGCUUCAGGAUCGGUAGGCGGAUUCGGACCUAGAUCAGGAGGAUUUUCAUCAGCUGAUAGAACCACCGGUUCCGGCUCCGUAUAUAAUGGUAGCAUCAAGGAGCAAGCCGAGGAAAUCAAUCAGGAUGGUUACUACUACCGUUACGUAACCGAUGAUGAAACCCAGGUCGCUGAAACUGGACGCACGGACGGUACUACGCUUACUGCCAAGGGUUACUACCAAUUUGUGGCCCCUGAUGGCGUGAUGUACCGCGUCGAUUAUGUCGCUGAUAAAAAUGGAUUUGCUCCAUCCGGUGCCCAUCUGCCGGUCGCUCCGAAAAUUCCCGAACAAAUACUGCGCUCGCUAGAGUACACAAGAAGAGUACAGCACUCCGGGCACUUUUCCCAAUUUUGAUUUUGCAAUUUGACUUUGUAAUUUAACUUUGUUCUCAUUAAAACGCGAAAAUAUCAGUACAAUGGCUAAUUUAACGUUCUUAAAAA